UUUAAAGUUCCAAAUCCAAUUGGGUGGAGAGAGAGAGAGAGAGAGAGAGAGAGAGAGAUUGUUCUCAUCUAGAGAGGUUUGGCAUUUGAUAAACCAGGAAGAAGGAGAAGCAGGAGUGAUUUGAGAGGAAAAAGGAGAGAUUUUUAGGACAAUGGCAUUGCAAGAAGAGAGGAAGAGAUGGGGAUAGGCUUGUGGUGAGGAAAAGUUGGGAUUUUUAAGCUUGUAGGUUUUGUUUCUUGAUGUCUUCAAUGGCUUCAAGCACAUGGGGGAUGUAGCAAGAUUUGAGUUUCUAUGCUUCAUUGAGGUGGAACUGAGCCAAAGUUUGCCCCCUUUUGUCAAAGCAUUGGAGCAGGUGAGGUAGGCAAUGUCAAGGCCUUUGUAUCGGGGGUUCUCCGGUGGUGUACGCAUCAACGGCAGUCGAGAUUCAUUAGGUGAUAACUAUCAAUAUCAAGCUAAAGACCACUCUGAGAAUGGCUUUGGGCAUGACAUUUCGAGCUCUGCCGUAGCUUCAAGAAGCCGACAGGCUCUAAUUCUUUUGCUCUUUAAGCUUGGUCUCACUUUUGCUAUUGUUCUCGCCCUUUAUGGCUCUCUCUCGUGGGCAAUCUCUAUCUCCAGCUCGUCUCAAGAAAACGUAUUUCAUGGGUACCGGAGGCUACAGCAGCAGCUUAUUGCGGAACUCUCGGAGAUCAGCGAGGUCUCCCUUGGUGUUUCCCGGUUGAAAGAACUCGAGUUCUGCCCACCGGAGUAUGAAAAUUAUGUGCCUUGUUAUUACAAUGUGUCAGAAAAUUUGGAUUCCGCAGACCUUGGUGAUCCGAUUGAAUAUGAACGUAAGUGUGUUCGGGAGAAGGAUCAUGGUUGUUUAAUUCUGCCACCGAAGAACUAUAGGAUCCCUUUGAGGUGGCCGACUGGGAGGGACUUCAUUUGGAAGGAGAAUGUGAAGAUCACCGGGCAGGAAUUCUCAUCUGGGAGCUUGACCAAGAGGAUGAUGGUGGAAGAAGAGCAAAUAUCAUUCCGGUCUGACUCCAUUAUGGUCGAUGGUGUGGAAGACUAUUCACAUCAGAUUGCCGAGAUGAUUGGAUUGAGGAAUGAAUCUAAUUUCAAUGAAGCUGGGAUCAGAACUGUUCUGGAUAUAGGAUGCGGUUUUGGUAGCUUCGGCGCACACCUUUUCUCAAGACAGUUACUAACCAUGUGUAUUGCUAACUACGAAGCCUCUGGCAGUCAAGUGCAGCUUACUCUCGAGAGAGGAAUGCCUGCAAUGAUCGGCUCCUUUGCAUCAAAGCAGUUGCCAUAUCCAUACUUGUCAUUUGAUAUGCUGCAUUGUGCAAAGUGUGGCAUUGAUUGGGAGAAAAAUGAUGGAAUUUUCUUAAUCGAAGUUGAUAGACUCCUGAGGCCCGGAGGCUACUUUGUUUGGACUUCAAUUACAAACACCCACCGGUCUCGACGCAACAAGGACGAGCAAAAGAAAUGGACCAUUAUCAGUGAUUUUACUGAGAAUCUCUGCUGGGAUAUGUUGUCGCAGCAGGAUGAAACAGUUGUGUGGAGAAAGACUAGUAAAAAGAAAUGUUACAGUGCUCGGAAAUCCGGGCCCGAAAUCUGUGGUAAGAACCGUGAUACUGAAUCUCCCUAUUACCAGCCACAUAAUCCCUGCAUAGCGGGCACCCGAAGCCGGCGAUGGAUUCCUAUUGAAGAUCGAACUCCUUGGCCUGCACGAGCUAAUCUAAACUCAACCGAGCUCGACAUAUAUGGUCUUCAACCAGAUGAUUUUGCUGAUGAUGCUUUGAACAGGAACUCUGUAGUUCAGAAUUAUUGGUCUCUACUCUCACCGCUGAUAUUCUCCGAUCAUCCAAAGCGACCCGGAGAUGAGGAUCCUGCCACACCAUUCAACUUUCUUCGAAAUGUGCUCGACAUGAAUGCUCGGUUUGGUGGAUUUAAUGCAGCUUUGUUGGGUGCUGGGAAAUCUGUCUGGGUCAUGAAUGUUGUGCCAACAAGUGGUCCCAAUUACCUUCCUCUCAUUCUUGAUAGAGGAUUUAUUGGUGUUCAGCAUGAUUGGUGUGAGGCAUUUCCAUCAUAUCCAAGAACGUACGACAUGGUGCACGCUGAUGGGUUGCUGUCACUUGAGGCUCAUCAGCAGCAUCGGUGUUCCCUGCAUAAUAUAUUCUUGGAGAUAGAUCGCAUACUACGACCUGAGGGAUGGGUGAUACUUCAUGAUACAGCUCCUCUUAUCGAAACAGCGAGAUUGAUAACGACGCAGCUGAAAUGGGAUGCUCGCAUGAUGGACGCGGAUAGUAGCAGCAACGAGAAACUUUUAGUUUGUCAGAAACCUUUCUUCAGGAAACAACAAUAGGCAUGAAGGACUCAAGAUCUCAUACACAACACAGUAUUCAUUAAUUUAUGGUUGUUCUUUGUCAUAAAACUCCCUUCAAGCUUGGGAGACUCAAGAGAAGAAGAUAGAUCCAAACCAGAAGCUAAGAUGAGAGCGUUGGCGAUUACCUUUCGAGCCUGUGGAACCGCAAGGUUUCCAUAGGGACAUGUAAUUAGUAAUUACGUGAAAACGGAGGUUGGAUAGUAUAGAAUAGUAGGCCUAGAUAUCCUGGAAAAAUUUCAGUAUAUCGAUACCGAGGCAAAACAUAGUGAAGAUGUUUGCUGAAUAAAUGAAAGAUGUAUUAUAAAUGAGUUAUGAGCACUGUUCUUUGUUGAUUUUGUUC